CGGCUCAGCCCGGAGCCGCGCGGUCCCCCCCGCGCAGCGCAGCGCAGCGCGGCCCCGGCACAGCCGCACUGAGCCCGCCCCGCCGCAGCCCGGCCCGGCUCGGCCCGGCCCGUCCGUCCCCACCGACAGAGAGCCAGAGCCGCCAUGGAGGUGUUCAUGAAGGGCUUGUCCAAGGCCAAAGAGGGGGUGGUCGCCGCCGCCGAGAAGACCAAGCAGGGGGUGGCCGAGGCUGCCGAGAAGACCAAGGAAGGGGUCCUCUAUGUCGGGAGUAAAACCCAAGGCGUGGUGCAAGGUGUCACCUCAGUGGCUGAGAAAGCAAAGGAGCAGGCGUCCCAGCUGGGUGAAGCAGCAUUCUCUGGCGCUGGCAACAUUGCAGCAGCCACCGGGCUGGUGAAGAAGGAGGAAUUCCCUGCGGACCUGAAGGCAGAGGAAGUGGCCCAGGAGGCUGUUGAGGAGCCGCUGGUCGAGCCACUGCUGGAGCCAGAGGGGGAGAACUACGAGGAUCCCCCGCAGGAGGAAUACCAGGAAUAUGAGCCAGAGGCAUAAUGGAUCCCCAUCCUCGCCUCUUCCACCAGCAGCACAAUGAACUGGCGGUAGCCCCUUGCUCCUCCCCAGCCGGCCCUGGCCGGUGCCUCCGUGCCGAGGAGGAGCAGGGGUGCCUCUGCCCUGUUCACUCACAAGUUCUUCCUCCAGUUCCGUUCCAAGGGACAGUGUCCGUGUCUCUGUAUUGUGUCUAGCAGUGAUAAACCCCCGCUGUGUCCAAGCCCCCAAGCCCUGGCACAUCCCUGAGCCAUGGGCACUGCCCGCAGGGGCUGGUGUGUGUGUGUGAGUGUGUGCAUGUAGCCCGGGUUUAUCGCUCUGUAUCCCUCCCAGCGCCAUAAACCCUGGCUGCAUCCCGGCGUGUCUGUGUCUGUACAAAGCAUGUUUACCUGCUCGCAGGCUGCUGUACAUUUGGCUUGCACGCAUGUCCCUGUGGUUCUGCUCUGGUCAUCGUGGAACUAUUUUUUUUUACAUAUAUAUAUAUAUCUAUCUCUAUGGGUAGACGGGUCUUUUGCCUCUGUGAACCCCUGGUGCCCAAGCCUGUUCCCCAGCCUGCUGGGUGGUGAUGGUGCCCACGCCCUCCCUGAGGUCCUGUAGUGCCGACGCUGUGUUGUGCCGUGGCAUGGUUAUCCCUCUGCUCCUGUCGCUGGAUGUGCAGUACGAGGGCAGCUGCCAGUGACACAGCUGCCCUCGUGUCCGUGAAUAAAGCCAACUCUUGUCUGUAA